AUGAGUUCACGUGUGGAAAGUGUGAAUGGGAAGGUUUCAACCAGAACCAAAAGAUGUUGGUCUGAUGAAGAGGACGCAUUGCUUAUUCAAAUUCUUCUUGAAUUACAUAACACUGGGAAGUACAAAGAAGAUCGUGAAUUCAAGCCUGGGCUAUUUCAAGCAACAGAAAUAGAAUUUGAACAAAGGAUGCCCAAUUGUGGGAUUCGAGCUGAUCCCCAUAUUUACUCACAAAUUAAAACAUUGAAAACACAUUUUGGCACAGUUUACGACAUGUUGUACGGGUCAACAAGUGGAUUUGGUUGGGAUUCCAUCCGAAAAUGUGUUGUUGUUGAUAAACAUAGUCAUAAGAAUGCCGCUCCAUUCAAGGACAAAUCAUUUUGCUACUUCAAUGAACUUACAAUCAUUUUUGGAGUGGAUCGUGCCAAUGGGAAUGGCGUUGUCGAUUAUGUCAAUCGAGGGGAUGAGCAGUUGGGUUAUAAUCUUGAAGAUGACUUUACUGACCAUAUUUCAACACCUGUUUCUCAAAAAUGCUACUGA